AUGGUCAAGAUCCUCCCCGAAGACACCGAUGACGUAUGGUUCGUCUACGACCUCAUCUCCCGUGGCGAUGUCAUCAUCGCCACCACCACCCGCAAUGUCAAGGAGUACAGCUCUCGCGUCAGGCUCAGCCUUGGAAUCUCGGUCACCACCGUCGAAUACCACAAGGACUGCCUGUGCGUGCACGGCACAACCCUCACCAGCCAGUACAUCAAGAAGGGUUCGUUCCACACAGUUUAUAUCGAGAUCAACAAAGAGUUUGAAAUUUACAGGGAGGUCUGGGACAAAGCAUCGGUCGAGAAACUGCUGCUAGGGUCCAAAAACGUUGCCGGAGCCGACCUCGCCGUGGUUCUGCUGCAGCCAACUGGGUUCACACAAGUGUUCUUGGUAGGUCUCAGACAGACCAAGCUAUGUGCCAAGGUCGAGAGUCGCUCCAACCCUCACAAGUACUUCGAGAAUAUUUUCCGGGCUUUCGUGAAGCACGUCGACCUGAGCGUCGUACGGUUGAAGGUGAAGUCAGUGGAGAACAACAAGCAACGCAUUGUCGUUUUCAACACGAGGAACAAAGGGAAAGACGGCAGCAUUAGACUCAAUGAGGUUUUGCAUGACAGUAUUGUGAUGAACUUGAUCAAGGACACCAAAGCUGUGAUGGAGAUCAAGGCUUAUAAGGACUUUUCGGAUUUGCUAACGACGGAUUUGGAUCGAGUAUGUUAUGGUGCCAAGAAUGUGAAGAUGGCGCAUGAGUUAAAAGCCAUUGAAACGCUCCUGAUUACCGAUGAUCUGUAUGAGAGUGUGGAAAGUGCGACGAGAUAUAAGUCUGUGGAGUUUGUGGAGUCGGUGAAGAAGGCAGGAGGGAAGGCAUUUGUGUUUUCGUCGAAGCAUGUAUCUGGAGAGGAGCUAGCUAAUCUGACCGGCAUUGCGGCAAUUUUGAGGUUUCCACUGCCUUAUCUAGAUGAAAUUGUUUCUUAG